UUGCAUCAUGAAAAAAAGCAAAUGAUAUCCCCCCACCUAUAAAUCCUCCUCUUUUUUAGGACAAACCCCCCUCAACUUCCCAAAGAGACAAAUCAAAACCAAUAAACAAUAUAAGCCACAACAACAAACAGUCUAUGUAUGCUUUAUGUUCAUUUAAAUUCUGAUGUGACUACGUGUUUCUAGUCGAGUCCUCUUGGGUCUGUAGGCUAUUUUGUUUAGGAAGUAGAAUGAGCUCGUACGUAGGAAAUCCUUUUUGUAAGCAAUCGCACGACGCAUCCUCCUUUGCCGCCCACACUUUUGGCAACUAUGAGUUCCAUCAGUCCAAUUAUGCGUACGGAGGUCUUGAUCUCAGUGGAGCCUUGGCUUCUGAAGUCUCUUCCAACUCCCCGAAACGGGUGGCGAUGAACACACACGACCGUGCCAGGAUCACCGCGCCACCACAUCGACAGUCCUGCGCAGCAGUGGGCUCGCCGAGUCCUGUUAGCACGCGCGGUUACAACCUGCUCAGUCACGGACUGUUGAGCCAAAAAGCCGAGGACAUUAUGGAAGUUACGGAGAAACCCAGCGGCAAGAGCCAGACUGGUGAUAUGAAGCUGGAGACCACUCCAACGAUUAAACAGCAAACUAUCACGACCGAGCCUCAGACCCAGUCGCAACCGCAGAUAUAUCCGUGGAUGACCAAGCUCCACAUUAGCCACGAAUCUGACGGUAAAAGAUCGCGAACCAGUUACACCCGCUACCAGACUCUGGAGUUGGAGAAAGAGUUCCAUUUCAACCGAUACCUCACUCGUCGCAGGCGAAUCGAGAUUGCCAAUAACCUCUGCCUAAACGAGAGGCAAAUUAAAAUUUGGUUCCAGAACCGGCGCAUGAAGUGGAAAAAGGACUCAAAGUUGAAAGUUAAGGGUGCACUCUAAGAAUGAAGAUAUAGUAGUAUGGUGUUGCAAUGUGCACAGGGGACGGAAAAUACAAUGUACCUUUAUAACAGUAUUGUAAAUGUUUCAAACUUAAUUUUAAACUGUUUAAAACAGAUCAUUAUUCCUGCCAUGUGUUUGUACAAUGUCGUGCUGUAACGUAAAUUUCCCCACAAUUUUUCAGAUGAUAACAGACUGAAAACGGGGAGGAGCUUAUUUGGGUCACACCCAAGUAGAAUGGACUCCGACUUAUUUUACAAUAUAAGUUUUAAAAGGUUGGUUGUGGAAAGGCUAUUAUAUUGGUUUAAGAUAUAGUUUAUGAUUGUCAGGGAAAAAAUAUUUGUUUGCUAUAAAUAUUUGUAAAUAUGUGUUUUGAGCUCUGAAUAUUAAUUUGCCUUCUGUAUUUUCCUUUUUAAAGUCUGAUGGAAUGUCUGUUUGUAUAUUGUAAUCUUUGACGUAACCGCAUCAACGAGCACAGUAAAGAUCAACUGCACGCGAAUAGUAUAGCACCUAUGUUCUCACAUUUUUCAUUGUAUGCUGCAAUAACGCGCUAAGCAUUUGUACUUUAAUUUAAAUUUUGUUUAAACAGAAGACUUUGAUUACUUUACUUUUUUCAGAGUACAAUACACUACCUGUAAAGUAAGCGUGUUGGGCCCAUACUUGUAUUAGCAACAACACAAGCAAGUCUACUGCUAGAUAAAUAGAAUUUUUAGCCUAAGUUUGACACCUGUUCCCUUUAAUUAUUAAUCCACUAUUGUGAGACUUUGUCAGUCCAUGCAACUUCCUAUUUAUUAGGGGUCAAAGACUUAAUUCGUGCGUACUAAAUCUGGUUUUAAAACUAUGUGUAGAAACUAAGCAAUGUGUUGAGACCUCGCAAUUAAAUAAACCUACGACUGAAUUGACCCUCCAAA